CUUUCAGUUGAUCCUAAUAUCUUCUUUUUAAGUCCUGUUUACGUAGCGUAUCUAAAUCUAUCUCAAUAUAGCCCUUAUGACAACAAAGGCAAUCUCAAACCAAGUCCUUUAGAGACAGAUCAAUAUGACUUUAUUAGGUUGGAUGCACAAUAAGCUACGGCAUACCAGCAUUGAGCCGUUCAAAGAUUUUACAAUAGAGAACUAUUGUGCUUGCCUUUCAGCAAAGUCACUCCCUGACGACAAAGUUUCCCCAAAAAGGCCAAGGUUUGGCUCCAGAUAUGAGAAAUGUGAAAAUACCUCAUACAAAGCUGAAGCCACGAGAGCAGAUGAGAAUAAUGAUGAAACAUCUAUUCCUAUGUCUGAGCUUUAUCAUGGUUUUCUCGCAAUUGGAACUCUCGGUUCAAAACCAGUUAACAGUGAGUCGGCACCAGCAACAUUUCACAUGUCUUUAGAGAAUAUUGCAGAUGAAAAAACAGAGGUGACACAGAAUGACUUGAAGCUCAUAAACGAUGAACUAGAAAAGUUUCUUGAUGCUGAAGCUGAAGAAGAAGGUUGCAAUGAAUCAUUGGCAAGGAGCAGUUAUGUUAGCACCAUUACACUCAAUGGCAUGCAAAUGGAAGGAACAGAUACUGAUGGUAAUGAAAAGACUGCAAUAUGUCCACUUCAAGGUUAUCUAUUUCGAUCAUCAAUAGAACUGCCCGAAACAAGAGUUGAACUAAAGAAAGAAAAAACAUCUCUAGGGGAGAUGUUUCGUAAGACAAAGAUUACUGAUGAAAUUUCUGCAGAAACUGAAGGGAAAGGCAAGACGCACACCAGGGAAGCACAUAAAUCUGCUAAACACCUCAUCAAAAAGAUCCUACGAAAGUUUCAUGCUUCAAGAAAUCCUGUCCCUCCUUCCAGUGAGGGAGCUUCCAAUUCUGUUCCAACAAAGAAAAAGCUUAAUAAGGUACUUAGAAUGUUACAUAGAAAAGUCCAUCCUGAAAACCCUACAGCCGAAAAAGAGUUCACUACGUCCCGUAAAGAGAAGAUUAAGAUGGAUCUGCAUCAUAAAGCAGACCUUGUGCACCAGGAUGAAGACAACAGAAAAUUUCUUCCAGGAUUCAAGUCGGUGGAAGGGAUAAAAUGGUACAAGAACAACUUGAAACUUUCCCAAUAUGCACUGGGUGGAUGCAACUCAUCUGGAAACAGGGAACACUGGAUCAAAACAGAUGCAGACUACUUGGUGCUGGAGCUGUAGCAAAGGAAUGGAAAUGCUUGCUCAUGGUGUCUGAUAAUAUCAUCUACGUUCUUAUGCAUGUGUGGGUGAUUUAGUAAUAAUGAAAUCGAAAAGAUGGAAGUAAUGAGGUAUCCAUAUUAUUUCUGUGUAAUAUGUGUGGGCAGUAAAAUGUUGUGUAACAUUUCUAAUCAGUAAACAUAAUUUGUUCUA